ACAUAUCUGAAAAUCCACGAGAUGUACUAUUGGGAUGGCAUGGGGCAGAUGAUCGACGAUUACUGUAAGUCUUGCGUGCCAUGCCGAAAACGGUCUGCUCUCGGACCCAGGGAGCCGCUGCACCCAACGUACGUUCGUGAGGUUGGAGCAGUCAUGCACUUGGAUCUAUUGGCAAUGUCGUUGGGGAUAGGGAGCUACAAUUUCAUCUUUGAUGCAUGGGACAACCUCUCGGGGUUUGUGGAUGGCAGGGCCAUUCGCACGAAGACUAAAGAGACAUUGGUCCGAUGCAUCGAAGAGUACUAUCUUCGCUACCCCUUUGUGUCCAGAUUCGUGAUGGAUAGAGGGUCCGAGUUCACAUGUGCAGAAGUGAAGGCUCUUUUGAAGAAGUAUGGGGUAAUCGCUGAGUACACUACUGCAGCGCACCCUCAAGCCAACGCACCUGUGGAGAGGGGGCAUAGCACCAUCACAAAUCUUCUUGUCAAUUGGACCGAUGGCAGGCCCAACCAAUGGCCAAACUUUCUAAGGGUCACGUUUUUUGUGGAUAACAUCACUAUCAGGAGGAGCACGGACUAUGCACCGGCUACGCUAUGGUACGGCAGGCAUGGGACGUUUCCCAUUGAAAGCUUCCUGAAAACCUGGAGGCGACGGGACCUCGAGACUGAUCUGACGUUUGAGGAACUACUGGAUUUAAGGGCACGACAGAUCGGCGCUAUUGAGGACAAGAUUGAGGAGGCAGCAAGUAGAACCGCGGACAGCCGUACCAAGGACAAGUUCCGGUGGGACAAGAUAGCGAGAGUAAGAAAGGAGCCUCUCAAGGUGGGAGACGUUGUGUUGUUGUAUGACGCGUCCCUGGAAAAGCAGUGGUCGCGAAAGUUGGAUAAGAGGUGGUUGGGGCCUUACAGGGUCACCAGAUGUGGUGAACAUGGUGCCUACCAAAUCGAAGAGUUGAAUGGGACGGCAUGGAAGGACUGGGUGUCAGGCUCGAGGCUAAAGAAGUUUGUGGCUCGAGACGAGAGGACGCGGAUAAGGACCAGGAGAGAGGACAAGCCUCCAGUCUUCCAGGGAGGGAACAUCGAGUUGUUUCUGAUGGAGUUGGAGCAGCAUGCGAGAGAGUUUGGAUGGGACAGUACCAGAAUGUUGAAAGAGGUACGAGGUGUAGGCGAGUGGGCGGACCCUAUUGCUAAGAUGGUCAGAGAGUCGCUGAGUUGGCAAGACUUUGGACGGAGGAUGGAGGGUUUGCAUCCGUCACCAUUGGGAAGGGAUGGACAACCCAUUCGGUUCGACUCCACCAACUUGGGGGAGUUUUUGUGGGCCUAUGACCGAUAUGCAGACGAGCUUGGUAUCCCAGGAGAGCAGAGAGUGGGGAGUUUCCUGUUGUUUGUGAGACACCAUAUCAGACCCUUCGUACGAUCCAUUGUGGCAUCUGCCAUGAACUGGGGGCACUGCAAGAAGCUACUAUGGAACUAUUAUACUCCAGCUCGUCAGGCAGGUGAGAGGAGAGGUGUGGAAAAAAGAAGAACGGAAUCUGGGACAGAGGCAAGGGGAACCUUUGAGCAGGGCGCGUCACCAGGGGCUCAGAGGGAGGAAAAGGUGAGGGAACACAAGUCUCACAAGCAAGAGGAGAGUGAGGGAGUAGGGGGUCCAGGCGCACCUCCAGAGCCUAUUCAGAGGAAGGUGGAUCACCCUAUGCCAGAUAUGGAGUCAGACGUGCAUCGUGGAGUGCCGCUAUAAUGUCAAUCAGGCGAGCGACGCCGCAGACUACUCUCCUGGGAUCCCUUCCUUUGCUCCUCAUGAACAGAUGGUCAUCCCUUACCAGAAAGUUUGGCCUCA